AUGUCCCUCAAUCUUUUUGCCCACGCCAAAUCAAAAUUCAAAUCCUUCCUGAAUUUGUACAAAACUCCUAUCAUCAAGAAGGAUGAGAGCAAGUUUUUGGUGGCGCAGUUUGGAGCAACAGGGGAAGUGGACAAGGGAUUUUCACAUCACUCGAUCAUUUCGAUCAAGGAUGAACUUGUUCGAGUCGAAAAACAUCUCGAAUAUCCAAUGGCCGAGGGUUGUCACCUUCCCUUAUCUACUUGCAAUGGUUUGUUGCUGCUUUCGGUACCAGAAUCAUAUGAACUAGUUACCCUCGAAACGACAAAGCCUACCUUCAAAAUGACAAAGCCUGCAGGGGAGGCUUUGUGGAACCCGACCACAAGGGAAUUCAAAAUCCUUCCUCCAGCACCUUCAUCCUUUGACAAAAGGUGCAUGAAGAUGUUCCACGGUUAUUUUGGUUUCGGGUUUGAUUCGGCUAAUAAGGAUUACAAGGACACAUGGUCGCUGGUGCCAGGCUCAGUGUCGAGCUUAAAUGAUGAAAAAAUGCGUACUUUGGAAAUUUGGGUUUGGGAUGGCUCAUGGUCCCUGGUGUCCAACCUCACCGUCCCUCUUUUUGUGGGCUUAGAGAGCCUCGUUGGGACUGAUGAAUUAAUUUUUUUGGACUCGAUUCGUAGACCGAUGUGUUUUGAUUGUGUGACGAGCAGGUUGAAGAAGAUACCUGGCCUGCCUACUUCUUUGGGGGCCCACAUUUUUCCUUUCGUCGAGAGCUAUGCUCCGCUCGACAGGAUUUAG